UGUGUGGACUGCUUUCUAUCAAAGCACCUCAGACAUGCAUGAAGAAGAAAUAUACACCUCUCUUCAGUGGGAUAGUCCAGUACCUAACACUUACCAGAAAUGUCUGCCUUCCAGCAAAUGCUCAGGAACACGGUGUCUUGUGAUGGUGAUUUCAUGUAUUUUCUGCAUGGGAUUAUUAACAACAUCCAUUUUCCUGGCCAUCAAGUUGUUGCAGGUGUCCACCAUUGUGAUACAGCAGCAAGAAAAACUCAUCCAACAAGAGAGGGCACUCCUAAACUGUACACAAUGGAAUAGAAGCCAUGCCCUUCAGAUGAAAUAUUAUCAAACCUUCAUGCAAAACUUUCUCAGCUCAGCCCGUAACUGCAAACCUUGUCCAGACAAUUGGAUUCAGAAUGGAGAAAGUUGUUACUAUGUCUCUGAAAAAUGGGAAUAUUGGCACACCAGUCAAAAGAAUUGUUUAAAGGAAGGCUCCAUGCUGCUACAAAUAGACAGCAAAGAAGAAAUGGAUUUUAUCACCGGCAGCUUGAGGACGAUCGAGGGAGGCCAUGAAUACUGGGUGGGGUUGUCACAGAAUGGACACAGUGGACACUGGCUUUGGCAAGAUGGCUCCUCUCCUUCUCCUGGCCUGUUGCCAGUAGAGCGAUCCCAAUCAACUAAGCAAGUCUGUGGAUACGUCAAAAACCAUUCCCUUCUUUCGUCUAACUGCAGCAGUUGGAAGCAUUUUAUCUGUGAGAAGCAUGCAUUAAGGCCCUCUAUCUGAAAGAAAUUGUGUUCCAAGUGUUGCACUGCACUCAUAUUUGGAACAGGCCAUUGGAAACCACCCCCCCACCCAAAAAAAAACCCACAAAACUAACAGCAAGUAGAGCAGCAAACCAAUAUGUGGGCAAUGAAAUUAGCAACCUGGGACUCAAUAAUACACAUGGGAAUAUUCUUCCUUACUGUCCAGAUUUCAUCUGAUGUUGUUCAAAUUUCCAAGAAUAAAACUUAUUUAGAGGUAGAGGACAAAACCCUGAAGAGUGAAGAACAAAUGCAAGGAAAUCAUUUUAUUGCUUAAAGUCCAGAAUGACUGUAAAUUUCACACAAUCUGUAAGUUGUUGGGGGAGGUGACGCAGUUACAGCAAACUAAUAUUUUUAAAAUAAGUAAAUUUGACCUUUUAAACUCUCUGUCUGCGAGAUC